AUGUCGGCUCAAUCUGGUAGCGCAGCUAGUGCAGCUAAGACAAACAACAACGAAAUCCGCACCGGAGAGGAAACAAAUGGGUGUCGUGAAGAGGAAACCCGUGGAGAGAUGACAAACGAGGAGAAGGAGGAGGAGAGAUAUAAACAACUACAAUUGGAUCUGCAACGGCGAUUGAAACAGAAGGUGGCCGAAUUCAAGGCAAAGCCUAAAGACAUGGACAAGAAGGCCAAAUCUGAACGAGAUGUCAAAAGACGACUCGAAGCUAAGCAGAUGUGGAUGGCUCAGACCAAAACCUAUCUAUUGUCUGUGGACGAGAUGAGGAAUCAACUGCAACAAGAAUGCGGAAUGGCCUUCAUCAACGCUAUGAACUACAGCCUUGAACCAAUGGCCAGAGAACGAUUCGAAGAUGGAGAGAUGACUCAAUCCGGAAGCACAGCUACGACGGCUGAGAAGAACAACAUCGACAGCUGCACCAGAAAAGAAACAGGCAUACAUCAUGGAAAGAAAAAUCGUGCAAAGGUGUCGGAGGAGAUGAGAAAGAGUGUGGUGGAAAUGCUGGAGCGGAAAGAUUGGAAACGGGUAUUGGACAAACUUGAUGAUAUGUGUAAGAAGGAAAGCUAUGGAGGAAUGACAGCAAUUAGCCCAGUUCGAAGUUGGAAGCAACGCCUCAGCCUGAAUCAGAAAGAAUGA